AUGAAUGCCAAGCGUAGCUGUGAAGAUCAAGCUGCUGCUGCCUCUAUUUUGGUCGUAGUCUCCUUUAGAUGUAUAGGAGUCGGCCGACCUCGUUUUCGCAAAUUAGUCAUGUUCAUGUUUCGGACUGCUGCUAUGGUAAGUAUAGCCUCGGUAAGCGCCAACACCCCAACGACCUUCAAGCAACUGCCUAGCCUCAUGUACGUGACCUUCGUUCUGGACAUUGUGGUGGCAAUGAUCUUCACCAUUGAGAUGUUCAGCAAAAUGUACAUACAGGGAACCUUUUCUCCAGCUGCAUGCCAGGUGAUGAAGGACUGGUAG